AUGUCUACACCAAGUGAUAUAAAAGAUGAAUUUUGUGACCCAGAAAAUCCCAAACAAAUUAAAUUCCAGGAUGUACAGGCUGCAGCUUUCAAAAUUAAAGACGGGAUCCAAAAGACUCCAUGUACCAAAUCCCGCAUGUCAAAUUUCACUGAAAUGCAAAUUUAUGUCAAGAAGGAGUUCCUGCAAUACACUGGAAGUUUUAAAGAAAGAGGUGCCAGAUACACGUUGUUAAUGCUAUCUAAUGAGGAACGUUCUCGUGGUGUCAUUGCUGCUAGUGCUGGAAAUCAUGCCUUAGCUCUUAGUUAUCAUGGUAAGCUGUUGAAUAUACCAGUAACUGUGGUAAUGCCAACAAUUGCACCGGAUGUGAAAAAGAAGGGAUGUGUUAAUUUUGAAGCCAAUGUUAUUGUUCAUGGGAAAGAUAUAGGUGAAUCUAAGGAUCACGCUCUCCAGGUGGCCAAAGAAAAGAAUCUUAUUUACAUCAAUGGUUACGACCAUCCUCAUAUUUUAGCUGGUCAAGGAACAAUGGGAUUAGAAAUAGUCGACCAAGUGCCUGAUUUAGAUGCCUGUAUAAUUCCUGUUGGAGGUGGAGGGCUAAUUGCAGGAACGGCCUUGGCUAUCAAAAGAUUAAAUCCAAAGGUGAAGAUCAUCGGCGUCGAGUCUGAAAAAUGUGCCAGUUUUUCAGCAGCUAGAGAAGCAGGUCAUCCGACAUACACCAAAGCUUCAUCAUCAAUAGCUGAUGGAUUAGCUGUACCUACAGUUGGUGUAAACGCUUUCGUAACGGCCAAACCUUUGAUUGAUAAAAUGGUUGUUGUUAAAGAAGAAUAUAUAGAUUUAGCUAUUUUACGUCUGAUAGAAGUGGAGAAAGCUGUCGUAGAAGGUGCUGGUGCUGUUGGUUUAGCCGCCAUUUUACAGAAUCUUUUACCUGAGUUAAAAGGGAAAAAGGUUGUGAUACCUCUUUGUGGUGGUAAUAUUGAUCCUAGAACUCUAAUUAAAGUUAUAGAGAGAGGUCUCGUUGUUGAGCAGUAA